AUGGCUCUGAUGCCUCCUCAAGCCUCAUCAUCCCCUUCAAGUUGGCCUGAUAAAGGACAUCCAUGCCCUACACAUUCUCCGCAAUCACAUUAUGUCAAGGAGGAGGAAGAUGACGACGAGAGCUUACCUAUACCAAUGCAUUUUGAACGAGACUCAGCCGAGUCAAACUACUUGUUUGAUCAGCCUGCAGAAGAAGAAGACUCCGACCUCGCACUUGAGGCAGCCCAGGCCAAACGCAAAGUGUGUCAAGCUCAAAAACACUUGGCCGACUGCCUUUUGAAACAGCACAAAAUACUUAUCCAUAUCUCCCACCGCCGGGCAGAAGCUGCAAACCAGCGUCUAUUAUUGGCCAACCUCAACGUCAGACACAUGCACUCAGAGUGCCGGAGGAAAGGUGGUAUCACAAUGUUUACUAUUCGAGCGUGA